UUAUCUUUCCUAUGUUAUGUGAUUUCUUCUAGAUAGUUUCAUUUGUUGCAUCUGUCUUUCCUAUCUUUUCUUGUCUCAUAUGUCUCAUUUAUUUGGUUAUUUCUUGUCUCUUUGAUUGUUUCAUAUGUCUCUUUUCUUACUAUCUUCUUCAUUUUGUGUAUCUUCUAUAUCUCCUUGUCUGUGGUUUCAUUUGUUGUAUCUUCUGUCUUCUACUUUCAUCUAUCUCAUAUGUUUUAUUUCGUUGUUUCAUAUGUCUCUUUUCCUUACUAUCUUUCCUUCUUCAUCUUGUUGUUUCUUUUCUUAUUUCGUGUAUCUCCUUGUAUAUGGUUUCAUAUGUGCAUCUUCUUGUCAUCUUUCUCAUCUAUUCUAUCUAUCCUAUCUGUUGUAUCUGUUUUAUCUCUUUUGGUUGUUUCAUUUGUCACAUUUUCUUGAUUUUGGGGAGUUAGGCGUUCUGUCUUUUCUGCUAUCUUGUUUGAUCUUUGCUAUCUUGUCUGAUCUUUUUCUAUCUUGUCUGAUCUGUUUGACUUAAUUUUCUUUCCUAGGCCUCGGUUGGGUGGCUGGGACGGGCCUGGGACAUCAGGCAGCACAGCUGCCCGGUGUUUAUCAUCUCAUUUGAUCUACUUGUCAUUUUCUGCUAUCUUGUCUGAUCUUUCCUAUCUUGUCUGAUCUUUUCUAUCUUGUCUGAUCUGUUGAAUUUAAUUUUCUUUUCUAGGCCCCGGUUGGGUGGCUGGGACGGGCCUGGGACAUCGGACACGUGAGUGUCUGGUGUUUGUGCAGUUUCGAAAGAGACUAACACAUCUUGCU